ACUGAUACUCGCUGUACCAUUUAAGGAUGUUCUUAGCUGCUUUUGGGAAGUCCUGACUUGUCCUGCUCAUUUGAAUCUGACAGAAGAUUUGUUCAUUGCCUAAUAAUAUCAGAGAGAUUGAUCAGGUGUGAAAGCCAAUGGGAGCUGACUGUUCUUUCUGCUCUAACUCAACGUCAUCUCAUCAACCGCUCGAGGUCUGUCCUGCUUCUUUCUCCGCCCCCCAGUUGGGGGAACAACUACAUUUCCCAUGAUACACAGCUCCCCAAUAGUUUUUUGGAAGAACUGAAAACUCUUGCGGACGAGAGACGGAAUGGGUAUGCGUUAGUCUGGCCGCCUUCUUUCCGUGGAGAGAACAAAGAAACCAGAAAACAAAACCUCAAUACGCACAAAGACAUCAAGACGGAGGACGGGACUCGGCUUCGCCAUGCCGCCUCGGAAGCCGGAGAGCGGGCUGAAGCGGGUUAGCGUGACUCGGAGCCGCUCGAUGCUCAGCUCCGGUCGACACUCGGCCGUUCUGCCCUCCGUGCUCACUUUCGCCGUGAUCGUGGCAUCCGGCGGCCUGCUGCUGCUCAUCGAGAAGGGCAUGCUGAACAGAGUGGACACCCCGUCGCCGCUCGCCAACGGCAGGAGACCGGACUUCUUCUACAUGAAGCAGCGGGAGCCCGCUGUGGACGUGGAAUCGCAGUUUUUGCAGGAGAUCCGUAACCGCACUAUAAGGGCCAUGUGUGGCCAGAGGAACACACCCCGCAGCGUGUGGUCCCUCAGCCCCCUGCAGAGGAAGACCCUGCUGCAGCACAUCCUGGUGAAUGACGAGCACCGCUUCCUCUACUGCUAUGUGCCCAAGGUGGCCUGCUCCAACUGGAAGCGGGUGCUGAAAGUGCUGAGUGGUGCGCUGGCGCACGUGGACGUCAAGGGGAGGAUGGACCACCGUGCAGACCUCGUCUUCUUGUCCAACUUCUCGCCAGAAGAGAUCCGGUACCGGCUGCAGCACUACUUCAAGUUCACAUUUGUGCGUGAGCCCAUGGCACGUCUGCUUUCCGCCUACCGCAACAAGUUUGGUGAGAUCGAGGAGUACCAGCGCAAAUACGGCGCUGAGAUUGUGCGGAGAUACCGCAAAGGGCAUGUGAAGGACAGGAGGAUGGUGGCAGGUGAUGACGUCACAUUCACUGAGUUUGUGCGUUAUCUGCUGGACGAGGAUGCAGAGCGCAUGAACGAGCACUGGAUGCCCAUGCAUAACCUCUGCCAGCCGUGCGCCGUGGAGUAUGACUUCAUAGGCUCGUACGAGCAGCUGAACAGCGACGCGGCGUACGUUUUGGAGCAUGUGGGGGCACCAUCGCAUGUGCGCUUCCCUGAACGCCAAACAUGGUACAAGCCUGUUACCAAGGAAACUCUGCAUUAUUACCUGUGCAGCGUCCCUCAGAAGCUGCUGCGGGAACUUUUGCAGAAGUACAUUCUAGACUUCUCCUUCUUUGGCUACUCGCUGCCCAACGUAACCACUGAGUACUGUCGACACUAGCAAAGACUUGAGCCGGGACUGUUCCUAUUGUACAGCUAUAUUAAGCCCUUUUGCUUUUGUAUUCCAUGAAAGUUACAAUAUAUAUUUUUUUCCUUCAGAUAUUUCCUUGUACAGUAUUGGGGACAUGUUUGAUUAUAGCAUAUGAGAGCUAUUUAUGUUGUAACCACUAUUUAGAACUGGAAUUAUUGCACAUCUGUAGAAAGAGGCAAAGUUACUAACAAGUGAAAUCUAUUUUUAUGUACUAAGUAAUAAUAUUGCUACCUAUGGGAAUAGAUAUUAUAGUGUGCUGGGCACAAAGCUGUGAUUUUACACAAGCACAAGGUUAGCUCUACAUUUCAAUACUGUUUUAACAUGUCCUUGUACAACUCCCCUCAAAGUGGAAGUGUUGAAAUGGCCACUUGCAGGACAAGGGGAGAAGGAGACGAUGAGAAGCAUGUUCUUUUCCCAAUGGAAGUGAUUUUCGUGUCAGUUUGCACAAUAUGGGUCAGCUUCUCAGAGGGGGAUUAAGCCUAGGGGUCUGGACUACACCAAAUUUUGAACGGAGGUCCUCCAUUAAAAGGAAAUUCCAGGACUAGGCUUAAUCCUUGACCAGGAAACUGACCCUGUGGUCUAGAUUUGUGGACAUGAAUUAAGCCUAGUCCAUGACCAAGCUGUAAUGUCAGUGGUGAUUUAUCAUCGAAAAAGCCUUUUUAGUCUAGGUUUAGCUUAAUCUGGCUCCAGCAAACCAGUCUGAUGUUUCAAACUGUGUAAAGUUGUACUGGCGAGAUAACUGAUUUUAAUGACAUAGUCAUAUAAAACAAAUGGAGUAAUUUACUGUAUAAGGCUCAAAUGUUUAUGAAGUAUUUUAUUGUAAUUUGUUUUUAUUGAGUAUUUGUAAUAUAAAGUAUUUUAGUGCACAAGCAGACACUUCUAAGCAGCUUUGUCUGACGUUGUUAUUUCAAGUGUGAAAAGGACACACAGUUGGAUUAUAAUGAUUUGCUCCAUUCGUCUCCGUGAAGUUUUGCUCCUGCAAACUUAUCUUGACCCCUUACAUCUCCAAGGGCUCAUCUAACAAUCUGCCUUUGAGCUAAUACAGCCACUGUGUUGAAAUACUGCAAGAUAAUCCAUUUUUAAAUCCCUUGAGUGUUAGCUGAGCUAGCUAGUAAACAGUGACUAGGCCAUCACCAGGCCGUCUGAAGCCCACUGGGAUUUUUGUGCUCUGUGCAUGAGUUUGAUUUAUGAUACUAAAUCCAAUGAGUUAACAAUAACAUAGAAAGGCUUUGCUAGGUAGAAAGACUUGUUAGCUAACCUAGCCAUGACAUGGCUUCCGUUGCACUCCUCUACAAACACUUAAUAUCGGGCUUUGGCUUUAUUGGUAAUGCACCCACAACCCUGCAGCAUACCCUAAAGCUCUGAAAGUAUUAAGAAGGCCAGGAUUUGUAACAGAAGCUGAGCAUUUUGAGGGUAAAGCAGGCUGAAAUAAAAAACUAUAGUAGUUACUUUUUCUGAAUUUGUAUUUGAGUGUUUCCUCAGUAACUAAACACAUACAACUUUAUUAAAGUUUUAUUUUGGGGAUCCUGCAAAUUGUGAUUUUGAGGCUUCCAGAGGAUCCAAAGGGUUAAAUAGAGGGUCCCCAAAAAUACCAUGUAUUUUAUACCUUGAGUACAGUAGUGGAGCAACCCUUUAGAUCGCAUCAGGGAUUCUCCUAAGGUCAAAUGGUGAGGUCAGAGUGGAGCAAGGAUGUUAAAUACAGUACUGAAACAGGGGGUCAGGCAUUCUGAGUUUUUAAAAAUGUCAUAUAUAUGUCAUAUAUUAUAUAUAUAUACACACAUGUCAUUUUUUUUCUUUAUUCAUUCUUUCCACAGAUCAAAAAGCCCAUAUUCUGCAUUUUUUCUUUUCUUUUGUUUCUUCCCCCAAAGUCAAUUUUUAGGUCAAUUUUUUAUUGUCAGUGUUUUGUGUGUGGAUGUAUGUGAAUGAUCUCUGUUCUGAUUGGCUGCCCUGUACUGUACCUCAAUCCAAAAGCAGUCAGGGUUGGAACACUCAUUGUUACUUUAAUGUGAAUGUGUGGGGCUAAACUGCUGUAGGCUGAAUAGGCAUAUAAGUACAUUUGUUUUACAGCUUUGUUUCCAUAUGUGGGCUAUAUGGACUGAGGUCUGAAUGGUCAUUCUGAAACUUUACAUACUUCAUCACAAUCUUGUGAAUAGCCUUUGAAUGAUUACAGCCUGCAUGAUGACAUUUGUAUCUGAAAUAGGGAAACCCUUAACAACACCGAUCAGGCAUAACAUUUUGACCAUCUCCUUGUUUCUACGCUCAUUGUCCAUUUUAUCAGCUCCAAUUACUAUAUAGGUGCACUUUGUAGUUCUAUUAGACUGUAGUCCAUCUGUU